GCACCUGCUUGAUACUGUGUCUCCAUCAGUUUCUUGAUUUGAUCAGCCGAGUUACAACCGGAGAAGACUCUCAGUUUCAGGGCGUUUUUACUCAGACUUCUAAAAUCAUGGACGGAUCUGCUACUAGGAAGAUUGUCCUGCUUGGAAAAACUGGAUCUGGGAAAAGCAGCUUGGCCAACACAAUAUUUGGAGAGACGCUCUAUCCAGUAAAUGAUGGUUUUAACUCAGAAACCAAAACAUGUGAAACCAAAACCAAACUUGUUCAUGGUUAUGAUGUCUCUUUGAUUGACACUCCUGGUUUCUUUGACACAGACAUGUCUGAGGGUAAACUGAAGUCUGAGAUAGUGAAGUCUAUCACAGAGUAUGCUUGUGGUGUUCAUGCUUUUCUCAUUGUGCUUAAAUGGGAGAGAUUCACAGAGCAGGAACAGGCUUUUAUUGAUAAAAUACAAAAUUACUUCUCUGAUGAAGCACUGGAAUAUGCUGUAGUGGUCUUCACUCAUGGUGACCAGCUCCCUGAAGGGAAGAAAAUAGAGGAUUUUAUCAGUCAGAAUAAGCGUGUAAGUGAUCUGGUGAAGAAAUGUGGCGGCCGCUGUCACGUCAUCGAUAAUAAAUAUUGGAACAACGACUCAGGAGAUGAAUACAGGACAAACCGGUUCCAGGUGAAAGCCAUCCAUGACACCAUAAACAGGAUGGUGACUGGAAAUGAUGGCAAAGUUUACACCAAUGAUAUGCUUCGAUAUCUGCGAUCUUUGUCACGGAAAGGGAUCAGAAAGGCAAUUGAAAUUCUCACGUAUGCCCGAGCUAUCACCACAGGAGUUUUGUUGGGAGCUCUGCUCGGUGUGGCUGAAAUGAUUGUUAAAGUUGUCAAAGUACUGAGAAAAAUAGAACAAAUAGAAAUAGUAGCUUGUGUUGCUGCAGGAGGUUCUGCCACUGGUAUAGGAGUUGCAGUGGUUACAGGAUUGUUUGUUGUCAAUGGAGCAAUAGAUGGCGACAGAUGUGUUACAAACUUCCGUGAAAACACAGAAUGAACUCAAGCAAAAGGAAAGC